AUGUCUCUUGGGAUUUCGGUCGUGGGUAAACAGAAGGAACUGCUCCGGAGAACGUUUCUGACCGUGUGUCGCAGUGCUAACAACACAAGGAUCCCUCAGGGUCGCUAUAUCUACAGGUUUCCCAGACGGUAUCUAGUAAAUGAUGCAACCAAAAGGGCAAAUUUGGGGUCAAUGGUAGAAUAUCUCCGAGAUGCAGGCGUACCGAACAUCUUGCAGAGGGAUCUCUCCCCCAGUACUCUCGAAGAUUCUGUCUCUCUGAGAUUGUUCCCACUUUCCCUAGGGUAUAUACCCACCAUACAGGGGAGGAAACAUUACGUCACUACAAUGGGUGCUCUCAGAAUUCUCGUGGCGAGUCUCCUCGGCGAUAAAUCUAACCAGAAAGUGAAGAUUAUAUCGUUGGAUGUCGUAGCUGGUGAAUUGCCCAAACUGUCAGUGACAAAUAAUGAGAAGAUUUCUGUACAAUGGCAAACUGGCUCAGAUGAACACACUGGGGACAAGACAACUUACAAGUCCCUGAGGGGCGUUUUCCUAUUGGAGCUCAACGACUCAUGCGAUAAAAUCCUAGUCCAUACCAUUGAGAAAGUACAAAUGGUUAACAUGAAAAUGGGACAGAAAACAAACAAGUUACCGUUUGUAUGUUAA